AUGCAUCGUAAAAAGAGUCGAAAAGAUGCAAAAAAAUUAACAAUUUAUAAAAAUUAUUUAAUUGAAUCAAGAGAAAAAACGUUAAAAAAAUUAAAUGAAAGAGUUUAUGCCAAUACAAGUUUACAAGAUUACAAAUUGUUGUACGUAUUAGGGGAAGGAAAUUAUGGGAUGGUACUGGCUGCACAAAAUCGUAAAAGUGGAAAACAAUAUGCAAUUAAAAUCGUUGAAAAAAGAAAAGUAAUCAGCACGACUCAAAUAAAACACUUAAAAUCCGAAAUUAAAAUAUUAAACGCCAUUAGAUUUACUUUUGCAAUUUCAUUGGAAUGCUACUUUACAAAUAGUUGCAAUAUAUUUAUUGUUUUACCAGAAAUCAGUGGUGGACAUUUUUGCAAAUUUUUAAAAAGGAUAAAAAGGUUUGAUGAAAACUCUGCUAGGUUUUUUGCUGGGCAGGUUAUAUUAACAAUAGAAUAUUUACAUCACAUGGGUAUUAUCUACAGAGAUUUAAAACCUGAAAAUUUAUUAUUAGAUUUAAAUGGAUACCUUAAAUUUGUGGAUUUUGGAUUUUCAAAAUAUAUUGAAAACAAUUUAACAUACACUUUUUGUGGUACUCCAGAUUAUAUUGCCCCUGAAAUUCUAGCAAAUAAAGGCUAUACAAAAUCAACUGAUUGGUGGUCUUUGGGCAUUUUGUUGUACGAAAUGUGUAAUGGAGAACCUCCUUUUAAGUCUUCUAAUGAACUCAAACUAUAUGAAAAAAUACUUAUUGGUAAAAUAAAUUGGCCAGAGCAUUUUUCCAGUUCAUUGAUAUCUGUUAAUGAGGGUUUGUUGCAGGUGAAUAAAACAAGAAGACUUGGUUGUAUGAAGAAUCAAGUGGAUGACAUUAAAAAUCAUGAAUGGUUUAAUAAUUUUGAUUGGUAUGCUCUUUGGAAGAAAUCUAUAGUACCCCCAGUAACAUAUACACCUCCAAAAAAACGUCGCAAUUUUAGUUUUGAUGAAAAAUUUCCAUUUGCCUGCAAAGAUGUUUACGAAUCAUUUAUUAAAGAUUUUGAUCAUCAUGUAUAA